AUGCCUAGCCGACUGAUCGAAGAAUACCAGGUGGGCUGGGUGUGUGCUCUCCCUAAAGAGUUGAUGGCCGCGCAGGCGAUGCUGGAUGAAGAACAUGAACCAUUCGAGAGUGCACUGCCGAACGAUAACAACAGUUAUGUAUUGGGUUGCAUCCAUGGCCAUAACGUGGUGAUGGCGUGCCUCCCAUCGGGAGUAAUCGGCAACGUGUCAGCGGCAACCGUGGGCAACAACAUGUUGAGAACCUUCCCUGGUAUUCGCAUCGCUCUUUUAGUGGGAAUUGGAGGGGGAAUACCCCGUCUUCAAGAUGGCGUAGAUAUCCGCCUGGGCGAUGUGGUCGUCAGUCGGCCUGAAGGGACGAACGGGGGCGUGGUGCAAUAUGACCUGCGAAACAACCUGGGAAACGGACUAUUCACACAGAGGGGCAUUUUGCAGCCACCUCCGACUCUGCUGUUGAUUGCGCUAGCUAUGCUCGAAGCCCGCCACGGAUUGCGUGGCAAUCAGAUUAUGAAGACUCUUUCAACAGUAGCCGUACAGUAUCCACGACUAUUUAAGAGAGGAUUUGUACACCCCGGUCUCGAGAAAGAUAUAUUAUUCUGUGGUAAUAUUCAGGGCGAACAAGACUGUAACCACUAUCCUCAAUGUCAGGACGGGGUCAUCUAUCGACAACCGCGCGAAGAGCAGGAUCCCGAGGUCCACUACGGGGUCAUUGCCUCUGGAAAUCAGUUGAUCAAGAAUGCUAGUGCUCGCGAUCAGCUGGGCCGGGAGUAUGGGGCUAAAUGUGUGGAAAUGGAAGCUGCAGGAUUGAUGAAUGAAUUCCCUUGUAUCGUGAUACGGGGAAUCUGUGAUUAUGCUGAUUCUCACAAGAAUGAUGUUUGGCAAGAAUAUGCGGCAAUCACUGCUGCUGCCUUUGCAAAGGAGUUGUUAUCAAUCGUCAAGCCGGCCGAAGUGCAUUCUGCUAAGCAUGCCACCGAGGUGCUGAACAGAUCAGCAAAAUAUAAGCUUGGUCUAAAUCUCUUUGAUGCCCCUGAGUUGGUCGACAAUCUCUUCGUUGGAAGACAGCCCGAAAUCCGACGGAUGGAAUCAAUCUUGCAGCCUCAGUCUGACAAGGUUGGAUCUAGUAGAAAGGUACUUGUUCUCGGCGGCAUGGGCGGCAUUGGGAAGACGCAGCUAGCAAUUUUCUUUGCCAAACAACAUCGAACCGAAUAUUCGUCUGUCUUCUGGCUGAAUGCUACAUCUGAGGUCAGCCUCAAGAUGAGUAUGCGGAAGGUGGCCUAUCGACUGUUACCACCAGAAGUAGCUAGAAAGCUAGACGAUGAGCAGAUUUAUAUCCGCGUCUCGAAUUGGCUGUCGGAACACGACAACGCUCAAUGGUUGGUUAUAUUCGACAAUUACGAUAAUCCGGAUGAGUACUCACUGAUGAAUUAUCUCCCAUUUGUCGCACAUGGCUCAGUUAUUAUCACCACGCGACAGCCCGACGCUGUCAACGGAGAGAGGUUGCGCGUGCUAUCGAUGCGUGAGGAGGGGGACGGCCUUCGCAUCCUUGCCACCCGGUCAGGACGCGAGAAUGUAGAAACAGACCCGGGUGCUCUACGUCUAGCCCUGCGACUAGACGGGUAUCCCUUAGCUCUUGCCACGGCAGGAGCUUUUCUGAGUCAGUCUACACUCAGUUUUGGCCACUAUCUUCAACUAUACAAUGGGCGAUGGAAAGUGAUUGCCUCAAUGGGGGGGUUAACUGAUUACGCUACACGUACGCUUUAUACGACAUGGAAUAUAUCAUUCACCCGAAUCAAGCAACAAAGUCUGCGCGCGGCACAUGUUCUCCGAUUUCUGGCAUAUCUGGAUUACCGGGAAAUCUGGUUCCAUCUCUUCAGUAAAGGGCAGGUAGACCCUCCAUCGUGGUUCACAGAAUUUACCCGUGACGAGUUUACUUUCGAGGACACGAUGCGCGUACUCACACGAUACUGUCUCGUUGAAGCGCAUCAUCAAACCGGCUCAUACAGCCUCCAUACAUGUGUGCACGACUGGACGCUCGACGGAUUGAAUGAACAGAUCGACAAGAGACAAUACUGGCUCGCGUUUGACUGCAUCGCUAGUAACGUGGUUGAAGCGGAUUGGAAUCAAUUUUCCGAGUUACGUUAUCGGCGCUACACUGGCCAUGCUGUGCGACUGUUGCACGAUCGCUUCCAGGCAGUAGCAAAUCAAACCGAAUCCGUAACCAUCAGGUUGUCGUCAGUAAUGGCACUGGCAGAGCUUCUUAGGGACCAAGUACUGUAUGACAGUGCAGAGCAGAUGUACCUUCGGGCCCUAGAAUGCUACGAGGAUGUAGUCGGCCCGGACCACUCGUCCACACUCCUCGUGGUUAGAUCACUAGCUAAUCUAUAUACUGGCCAAGGUGGGAGUAAGUUAGUCUCUGCGGAGAAGAUGUAUUUUCGAGUGCUACAAGGCUUUGAGGCGAAAUUGGAUUCUGAGUCAGUAUUCAAUACUCUUCAUAGUUUAGGAUGGCUCUACUUUCGGCAAGGCAAGCUGGAGGAGGCAGAAUCGCAUUUUAUUCGAGCACUAGAAGGCAAGGAGAAAAAACUGGGAUCGGAGCACCUAUCAACAAUUGAGACGAUCAACAGGCUAUGUGCCACCUAUGUGGACCAAGGCAAGCUGGCCAAGGCGGAAAAUAUGUACGUACAAGCGCUGCAAGAUCUGGAGAAGACAGUCGGGCCCAACCACAGCUCGACGCUUGGGAUGGUUAACAACCUUGCUUGCCUCUACGCUGAUCAAGACAGGGUAAUCGAGGCGGAGGCAAUGUAUACCCGAGUGAUAAAGCACGAGGAAAAGAUACUAGGACCCGACAACAUCUCGACACUCCAGACUGUCAAUAACCUAGGUUUUCUCUAUAGUGACCAAGGUAAACUGGCGGAGGCAGAGGAGUUGUAUGUCCGGGCACUGCGAGGCUUCGAGAAGGCACUUGGUGCCGAAGCUACGCUGUCAUACCUGCCAGCGUUGGAAACGAUGAUCGGCUUCGGUGAUGUCUACGCGCAAACAGAUCGUAAGGAUCUGGCGAAGAAGAUGUAUACUCAAGCAUUGAAUGGAUUCGCAGCUGUCCAGGGGCCUUCCUCGAAAUUGUGUCACCAAAUCGAAGAUCGGCUUCGGUUACUCCAACUUCCCACCACCGAAAUUUGA